GCGACCACCUCAAAACAAAGUGGCUUCGAAGACUCCCGAGAGGCCACCCGCAGAGGCCCCGAGCCGACCGAAUCCGCUCCUGGCCCGCGGGAAGACGCCGACAAGGAAAACGCGGCUCGACAGCCAGGAUACCACGGGGAGCACAGCGCACGCCUUCGACUCUGUCACCGGCGGGAAUCAAGUUGUGUCUCAGCAGCCUGCGACUCCGACGACGGCCUAUUCCCCGGACGACGUGCGGGCAUCACCGUGGAGCACAGGCUCCCGCUCGCCCUCGCGGCCAAACCCGCUGCUGCCGAGCUCCCGCUCGCCCUCCCAGACUCGCCAGGCAGUCGAGAGUGGCUCCAUGACCCCAAGAGGAGCCCACAAAGAGCGCUCGGGAAGCCGGAAGAGGACCGACGGCGAGCGCAGCCCAAGGACUCCCGAGACGACGGAUCCGGCGCUCUAUUUGCAAUCUCUGUUUCCGGCGGAGUCUCCGAAAUCCCCGCCGACUUCACCCCCGAGCCCAUCCCUGACAAGAACGGAGCAGCGGCACAAGGCAUCACUCACUCCGAACCUGGUGUGGGGCGAACUGUCGACGUGAUGUGCUGCGACGGGGCAGCAGCGAUGCCGGAUUCAGACGAGUCUGAAGGCGGAUCCUCGACGUGGUCCACCACAACCUUGGUCCUGUGUGGACCUAGCCUGGCGCAGGCCCGCAACCACUUCCUGGGGUUGUUGCGUCUGCAAAUGUCCACCACGACCCUGCUCACCAGCAGACAGCAGGGCGGCCGGGUGGGAGCGAUGCGCCGACGCCUGCAAACACAAGACUGGCAAGCUGUUUGCGUCGCUGCCGCCCAACAUCUGGAGGGCGAUUUCCUUGCCAGAUGGA